CCAAUCUCUCUCUCUUUGAUGUAACAGAGGAAUUUAUUCAAACACCAUACGUGCAUAUCCUGAAUAUAUAUACAUUCACAGCGAAAGUCGAAAUUUGUACAAAUCGACGAUUGUAUAGUUGCCCUAACGUUUGCCGUUUUCAGAUCAGAUUUUUUUUUACUUGUUUUUCUUAGUGGGAAAAAAAAAAUCGUGUUCGCUUGAAUUUUAUUUUGUGACCUAGAUUUUGCUAUCUUUGAGGGAAAAAUGGAAUCGAAGCAUAUGUUGAUGUCGGCAUUGGGAAUGGGGAUAGGAGUUGGUGUGGGGAUUGGAUUGGCGUCGGGAUCACAGGCUGUCGGUAAAUUGACAGGUGGCGCCACGUCAUCCACCGGCGUUACUCCGCACGUACUUGAGCAGGAGAUGCUCAGUUUGCUUACUAAUGGAAGGGAUAGCACUGUCACCUUCGAUCAAUUUCCCUACUACCUAAGUGAACAAACGAGGGUCUUAUUAACUAGUGCAGCUUUUGUUCAUUUGAAAAAAGCUGAUUUUAGUAAGCAUAUGCGGAACCUCUCUCCAGCAAGUCGAACGAUUUUGCUUUCUGGUCCUGCUGAGCUGUAUCAACAAAUGCUUGCUAAGGCUCUAGCUCAUUAUUUCGAAGCGAAGUUGUUGUUAUUAGAUGUGACUGAUUUCUCUCUCAAGAUCAUGAACAAGUACGGAAGUCCUAAUAAAGAAAUUUCUCUUAAAAGGUCUAUAUCUGAAACAACAUUGGGCCGAAUGUCUGAGUUAUUUGGAUCAUUUUCCUUACUUCAACCAACGGAGGGGAAAAGAGGUUCACUACGCAGAAGGAACAGUGUAGUUGAUCUUAGAUCAAAUGUCCAAGAAAACCCUAAUCCAGGAACCCUGCGCAGAAAUGCAUCUGCCUCGGCAGAUAUCAAUAAUCUUGGUGCCACUACACAAGCAAUAUCAGGUUCGAAUCAAUCAAUAUUGCUUAAUCACGAUCUCCACUUUUCAGCUUCACAGCGGACCAGCACCUGGUGUUUCGAUGAGAAACUUUUCAUACAGACACUUUACAAGGUUCUUGUCAACGUAUCAAAAACCUGUCCUAUUGUCCUUUACCUAAGGGAUAUAGAGAAACUCCUCUGCAGAUCACAAAGAGGCUACGUCUUGUUCCAGAAAAUGUUGAAAAGGUUGUCUGGAUCGAUAUUAAUCCUUGGUUCGAGAAUUGUCCAACCAGAAAACGAUGGCAGAGAAUUGCACGAAAAGAUUUCUUCUGUAUUUCCUUAUAACAUUGAAAUAAGCCCACCAGAUGAUGAAAGCCACCUUGUAAGCUGGAAGAAUCAGUUGGAGGAAGAUAUGAAGAUGAUCCAAUAUAAGGACAAUAAAAAUCACAUAAACGAGGUACUUGCUGCUAAUGAUCUCGAUUGUGAAGAUCUGGGUUCGAUUUGUUUGACAGACACGAUAGUUCUUAGCAACUAUAUAGAAGAAAUUGUGGUCUCAGCUAUUUCGUACCAUCUGAUGAAUACCAAGGAACCUGAUUACAGAAAUGGGAAACUUGUUAUUUCAUCAACAAGUUUGUCGCAUGGGUUGAGUAUUUUUCAGGAAGGUAAAUCGAAGGUAAAGAACACCGUAAAGCUUGAAGCGCAAGCUGAAAUGCCUAAGGGUCCCACAAUCACUGAAACAAAAGCAGAAACCGCCGGAACAGGAAGUAACGGAACGGGAACCAAGAAUGAUGAUCCAGUGGCUCCUAAAACUCCAGAAAACCCACCAGACAAUGAGUUCGAAAAGCGCAUACGCCCAGAAGUAAUCCCGGCAAACGAAAUCGGUGUGACGUUUGCAGAUAUAGGUGCCUUAGACGAGCUCAAAGAAUCCCUUCAAGAGUUGGUAAUGUUACCUCUUCGAAGACCAGACCUUUUCGAAGGCGGUCUUUUGAAGCCAUGCAGAGGUAUACUCCUCUUCGGCCCUCCGGGUACAGGGAAGACUAUGAUGGCUAAAGCAAUAGCUAAUGAAGCUGGAGCAAGCUUUAUCAAUGUCUCGAUGUCGACUAUUACUUCAAAGUGGUUCGGUGAAGACGAAAAGAAUGUUCGAGCAUUAUUCACUCUUGCAGCAAAAGUGUCGCCCACUAUAAUCUUUGUGGAUGAAGUUGACAGCAUGCUCGGGCAGAGGAAUAAGGCAGGCGAGCACGAGGCUAUGAGGAAGAUAAAGAACGAGUUCAUGACUCAUUGGGAUGGAUUAUUGACAAAACCUGGUGAACGAAUAUUAGUUCUUGCUGCUACUAAUAGGCCUUUUGAUCUUGAUGAAGCAAUAAUCAGACGUUUUGAGAGAAGGGUCAUGGUCGGUUUGCCAUCGGUGGAUAACAGAGAGAAAAUCAUGAGGACAUUAUUGUCCAAAGAGAAAGUUGAUGAAGGGUUGGACUUUAUGGAACUUGCCACCAUGACGGAAGGCUACAGCGGGAGUGAUUUAAAGAACUUGUGCGUAACUGCUGCUUACCGACCGGUUCGAGAGUUAAUACAGCAAGAGAUGCUGAAAGAUAAAGAAAAGAAUCAUAGAUCCGGGGAAGGGCAGGAGGGCGUAAACAAGUCAGAUAUAGAAGAUAAGAAGGAAAGGGUAAUCACUAUCAGGCCAUUGAAUAUGGGAGAUUUUAAGGAAGCAAAAAAUCAGGUCGCUGCAAGCUUUGCGUCAGAAGGUUCGAUAAUGACAGAGUUGAAGCAGUGGAAUGACCAGUACGGGGAAGGUGGUUCAAGAAAGAAGGAACAACAAUUAUCUUACUUCUUGUAAGAAGAUUCAACGUAGAUCGGUUAAUGCAAGCCAUAUCCCGUUGAACCGGAGACAGGAUUCCAUUGUUGUUGGAUAAGUGUGUGUAAUAUAUUCUUUCGUCUUUGUACGCAGUUAUGUAUUUAUUAGCAUUUCGUCCCUAUCCUGCAAAUGCUAGGAUGGAGGUUAAAAGAUAGGAUAUGUUAGGAGGUAGAUUUUGUUGUAUUUUUCAAUUUUUCCUUUUUUAUCAACUCUUGAAACCUCAAAUAUUUUUCGAGGGAUAGUUCAAUAAACAUGUGGUUUUCGUUCAAGGUGCUGUUUGCAGAAGCUUGUAGAAACAUAUUUUGCGCAAUUUUGUUUCUCAGAAAUUGUUUUUAAGUAAUUCACAAAAUUAGUUUUUACUUGCUUUAAGCUAUUUUAUUAAAAGCAUCCCGAUACAACUAUACUUGUUUUUCCUAUUUUGGUUGAUUUUCUAUGAACGAACACCUCCAACUUUUAAAAGUAAGCACUUAAUACCAACUUAACUUCAUCCUUAACCGCACACAGAAUUAGUGUAGAUUUAUUUCUUUAUGCAUCUACUUAUCAAGAGCAUAAACAGCGCAUUCAUAUCUAAUCAAUACUUCGGUUGUUUUAAAGUAAAAAAUACGUAGAAAUUUAACCCAAAUAGAGAUACAAAGAAAAAUAUUACAGUCACUGCAGAUAUAACGAUGUAUUCUGUUCAAUGAAGUAAAACACAACGUGCAUACCUAAA